UUCGGUCACUAAGCAAUCUUCUAAAGUAAAAUCUAAGCCAGCAUGAUAUUCAAGAAUAUAAGAGAUCCAGCAAUUGGGGAUUUGCUUCCAUCUCGGGUGGCCUUCGAGCAUUUGGAAAGGGUAAUGAAAUUUGCAGGCUGGAUUUCGCCACUGAAGGGCACUCGCUUUUACUGGUUAUAUCGCGCUUGGAGUGUACUUGUAACAACAUUAAGCGGAAUCUAUGUGCCCGUUGGAUUCUUUGCAAGCUACAUAAUUAAUUUUAGCAGCUUUACUCCGGGAGAUUUUCUAACUUCAAUACAGGUCGCUUUCAAUGCGGCUUGCCUCUUUGUAAAGAUCGUGAUUCUGAUACCAAAUGUGUGGCGUUUUCAGAAGGCAAAAGAUCAACUCGAUAUAAUGGAUAAGCGAUUUGUUCUAGAAGGAGAAGCCAUUGAAAUACAUCGUUGCGUCGUUCGCUGCAAUUCUGUUUAUAUGGUAUAUCAAACGAUCUACGCUUCGUACUCCUUGUUGACCUAUUUUAGCUCCGUUUUGACUGGAUCAACACCUUGGGGAAUUUACAUUCCUUUUGUGGACUAUCGCUCAAGUACACACAGCUUGUGGUUGGCUGCUACCUUUGAACUUAUUGUCGGUUCCGGUUCAGUCUUAUUAGACCUAUUGGUAGACAUCUAUCCGGUGAUUUUUGGCAUACUUCUGAGAACCCAUAUUCAACUCUUAAUGAAGCGUGUAGCAAGAUUGCGUGAAUCUACCAGUAAAACCGAGGAUGAGACCUAUGAGGAGCUGGUUAAUUGUGUCAAAGAUCAUAAGAACAUUCUGCAGUACUCUGACAUUCUGCGACCAGUUAUAUCAGGCACCAUAUUUGCCCAAUUUCUGGCCAUUGGACUGUGUCUGGGCCUAUCAAUGGCUAACUUAUUGUUCUUUUCAAACAUCUGGACUGGUCUGGCUACAUUUGUCUUUAUUUUCGUGCUGAUGAUCCAAACUUUUCCCUUUUGUUUCAUCUGCGAGCUAGUUGAGGACGAUUGCAUUGGCUUGACUAAUGCAAUAUUUCAUUCCAAUUGGAUAGGUGCAAGUAAACGGUAUAAGACAACUCUGAUCUACUUUCUACAACAGACUCAACGGACGAUUACCUUUAUUGCUGGAGGUAUCUUUCCGAUCUGCAUGAAAACUAACAUUGAGGGUAACAAUGCUGCGCGGCCGACAAACAAGGGCAACCACAAAAUGGCCACCACAACGGCAGCAGAGUUGGCUAUAAACGACAUGCGGGUCAAAAGGACGCCCACACAACAGCAGCUACAGCAGCCGCAGCAGCUGCCUGGUCAUAAGGAUGAUGGCGACAACUUCACGCACAGGCAGCAGCACAGGCCAACGGGCAGGCUGUGA